AUGACGGGGAAGCAAGGCGCCGUGCUCUCGGAAAGUUUAAAUCUAUCGGAGAAAACCUCUCUGGGUGCGAAUGGAGGGAGUAUCAGCCACCAGCCGAAGAGCAGCGCGACCCAUCCGCCGCCCAGGUGCACCGGCUUCGGCAUCCAGGAGAUACUGGGGCUGAAUAAGGAGCCGUCGGCGGCCCCGAGGACCCCGCUGAGCUCGCUGCCGGCCGGGGCGCACCUGAUCGCCGCCAGGUCCUUGCUGGGCCCCGCCGGUGUGGGUGUGGGUGUCGGGAUGGGAUUAAUCGGCCCUGGGGGAAUUCCGUCGUUUUACAGCCAACCGGCGUUUUUGGAGACGGUGCUGUCGGACGCACAAGAUGUUCACCUGCAGCCCCACAGCAGGUCCGCAGGGCCGCUGGACACCAGCCAGUCUGCCAGCUCAGAUUCGGAGGAUUUAUCUUCAAAUGAACGAAAACUCUCAAAGUCAUCAAUAAGUCAGAGCAAGAAACGCAAGAAAAGACGUCACCGGACCAUAUUCACCUCAUACCAGCUGGAGGAGCUGGAAAAGGCCUUUAAUGAAGCGCACUACCCGGAUGUUUAUGCCCGAGAGAUGUUGGCCAUGAAAACAGAGCUACCUGAAGACAGGAUACAGGUAUGGUUUCAGAACCGCAGAGCCAAAUGGAGGAAGAGGGAGAAGUGCUGGGGCCGUAGCACCGUGAUGGCUGAGUAUGGGCUGUAUGGAGCCAUGGUGAGGCAUUCCAUCCCCCUGCCAGAGUCCAUCCUCAAGUCUGCCAAGGAUGGCAUCAUGGAGUCCUGCGCCCCCUGGCUGCUCGUCCAAGAUGGCUUACCAAUCAACAGACGCUAUUCUAAAUCUGAAUACCCGCAACUCUUUGCAGGGAUGCACAAAAAGUCCACGGAGGCAGCAGCUCCCCCGCCGACAGGAAAGUGCGAUGCGCCCCAGCAGCCGAGCUCUCAGAGGGCAGAAGAGGAUGAAGCGGAGGAGAAGAGGUCAGAAGGCAAGUCCACCAUUUCUAAAGAGGAACUGAGGGAGAACAGCAUUGCUGCACUCAGGGCCAAGGCACAGGAGCACAGUGCCAAAGUGCUGGGGACAGUCUCUCAUGACAGACUGCUAGAGGGCAAACAGGAGAGACAGGCAGCCGAGGAGAAAGCCAGUGAUCCCCGCAGUCCAGCAGAGGAGGAGAAAAGUCCAUAG